AUGGAUGCUCCGCAGAAAGGAGAUCUGUCUGCAGCUGAGAGAAAGGUUCUGCAGGUUAUCGCUGCUGGUGAUGUCCAGGAAGCUGCCCAGCUGCUCGCCAGCAAAGAAGUUCGAGUCAACUGUUUAGAUGAGCAGCUUUGGCCAGAAGCUCGUCUAACCAACCCUCUCCUCUGUCAGAUAGUCAUGCUGGUGAAGGAGAACCCUGUGCUGGUGGACGUGGCAGCUCUGGAGAAGUGCUACCAGGUGAUGGACCUGCUGUGUGAGCAGUGUGUGAAGCAGCAGGACAUGAACGAGGUCCUGGCCAUGAAGAUGCACUACAUCAGCUGCGUGCUGCAGAAGUGUGUGGCCUUCUUACACAAACGAGACGAGAAGCUGGACACGCUGGUCAAGUGCCUGCUGAAGGGUAGAGACGGCGAUGGUUUCCCUCAGUACCAGGAGAAGUUCAUUCGGGACUGCAUCAGGAAGUUUCCCUACUGUGAGGUCACUCUGCUGCAGCAGCUGGUGAGGAGCAUCGCACCCGUAGAGAUCGGCAACGACCCGACAGCGUACACGGUUCUGACCCAGGCCCUGACCGGUCAGGUGGUGUUCGUAGAUGCUGACUACUGCGCUACAUGUGGAGACAGGGGAGCAGAGAAGAGAUGCUCCUUCUGUAAAGCAGUGACUUACUGCAGCCUGAUGUGCCAGAAGCUUCACUGGUUCACCCACAACAAGACGUGUCGGUCUCUGCAGGAGCAGGAUGCGGACCUGGAGAAGGACGCUCCGAGGCUGAAAGAAAUCAAAGAUGAUGAAAGCAACCUGGUCAUGGAGACGGCCAACUUCCUGCAGGAGCUGUGUCUGCGAGCAGAGGAGAAGUACGGCAUGACUCCACUGAUGCAUGCAGCCUAUAACGGUAAGGCAGACAUGUGUCGUCUGCUGCUGCAGCACGGAGCCGACGUCAACUGUAACCAGCAUGAGUACGGCUACACGGCUCUGAUGUUUGCUGGACUGUCAGGAAAGACAGACAUCACCUCCAUGAUGCUGGAUGCAGGAGCAGAGACAGACCUGGUGAACUCUGUCGGCCGCACUGCUGCUCAGAUGGCAGCGUUUGUAGGCCAGCACGACUGUGUAACCGUGAUCAACAACUUCUUCUCACGUGCGAGGCUGGAGUACUACACCAGACCUCAGGGGCAGGAGACGGAGCCCAAGCUGCCCCCCAGGCUGGCCGGACCCCUGCACAAGAUCAUCAUGACCACCAACCUCAACCCAGUCAAGGUCUUCCCCUGA